CCAUGCAGUCUGGCGGCUUCACCACCGACAUCCUCACCUCACUCGACCCAGAGGCUCUGCUGGGCGGCUUCGGGGCGGGAGGCGGCGGCAUGAGCGCCGACGACAUCAAGGCGGCCAUGCAGGCGGCCGAGGACGAGGGAGACGUGGCGGCGGCGGCGGCGGUGGAGCGCGAGGCGGCGGCGGAGAUGGACGAGUUCAUGAAGGAGCCCGCACCGCUGGCCUCGGAGGCCGGCGACGGCGGCGACGACACCACCACCCGAGACAGCGGCGCUGGGGGGCCGGCCGGUGCCGCCGCCGGCGCGGCCGCCACCUCAGCCGAGCCGCGGGCCUCGGGGGCUGCGGGCGGGGGCGGGGCGGGGGCGGAGGGGGAGGAGGAUGAGCCGCAUAUGCCUGCCCUCUCUUUGUACUGCAGGUAUGCCGUGCGGUACAUCGAGGUGGAGCAGCCCACCCUGGACAAGGACCAGCUGGCCGCCAAGAUGGAGCAGGAGUACCACGUGGAGGCCUUUGACAUGCAGCGCAUGGAGGACGCGGAGGAGGAGCGGGAAGCUGAGAUUGACGAGGACGAGGAGCAGAACAUCGUGGUGGACUGGGACGAGGGCGACGCUGUGGAGGCGUACCGGCAGGAGGUGGAGGCGGCGCAGCAGGCGGAGAAGGAGCGGGAGGCGGCGGAGGUGGAGUGGCUCAAGCAAUACUAUUUAGACCUGGGAAUGGAUGUGGAGGCGGCGGUUGCUGCCGCCAACGGCGACCCAGCAGCCCAAGCCCUGGCCAUCCCCCUGCUGGCGGCGCAGCAGCAGGCCGCCGCAGCGGCCGCCGCCGCCGCAGCAGCAGCCGCGGCGGCCCACGGCGGCGGCGGCCGCGGCUGGCACGGCGGGCGGGGCCGCGGGCGCGGCGGGCGCGGCGGCGGCCGCGGCGCCGCGCCCCACCCACAGCCGUGGGUGGUUUCUGACACAUCCGGCGCCGCCGACGGGCCCGCCGGCAAGCGCCAGCGGCUGCUGCUGCCGCUGGGCGCCUAUCAGCAGCCCUGGGAGCCUCAGGAGACGCGCUGGGAGCGGGGGCCGCCGCCGCCACCGUUGCAGGGGUGGAUGCCGCGGCGGCGCUGGGCAGGAAGCGCGGCGCGGCUGCCCUGUAAGGCACGCUACGCUCAGCUGUGCGCGGCGGCGGCGGUGGCGGGCGGUGCGGGCGGCGCGGGAGGAAAGGAAAACUGGGACGCGCUGCUGGGCGCGCUGCGGCAGCAGCUGCAGCGGCAGGCGGCGCCCGGCGGCGCCGGCGCAAAGGCGCUGGCGGUGGUGUGUGCGCUGCUGCAGCGCGCGGCUGGCAGCACAGGCGGCGGCGGGGGUCUACCCCCGCAGCAGGCGGCCACCGCCGCGGCGCUGCAGCAGCAGCUGGCUGCGCUGUCGCCUGGCGCGGCCCCCGCCGAGGCGCCGCUGCCGGCCCUGCAGUCGCCCUCGGCAGCGGCGGCGCCGCUGGCGCGCGCGCAGCAGCUGGCGGCGGCGGUGUGGCAGCGGUGCGGCGCCGCCGCCGCGCGUGUUGUCGCCGCCCGCCUGCCGCACAUCUUAGAAGCCGCCCGCACCGGCGGCCCCGCCGCCGCCCGCCAGGCGGCGGAGGAUUCCUUCUCGCGGCCCUCGGUGACAGGCGGGCUGGGCAGCCCCCUGGGCGGCGCCGGCCUGCUGCAGCAGUGGCCUGCAGGAGGGCAGGCAGGCAUCCCGCAACAGCAGCAGCAGCAGCGGCUGGGGCCGGCCUUCCCCGACACGGCCGCCGCCCCGCUUGCGGCGCUGGCGGCCUUUGGCCUGGCGCCGGCGGAUGGGGCGGAUGGGGUGGGCCCGCCGCUGGGCCUGCCACCCCAGUGA